UUAUAUUCAAGAGCAAGAUGGCGGGUUUUCGAGACCGCGACAAGCAACACUUCCCACUAGAGAGUAGCGCGGCUGUUGUGAAAUUAUUUAAAGACCAGUUGAAAAACAAGACGGACGCAAAUUUAGCCCUUUUAUCCAUAGUUCUUGGAUCCAUAGAAAACACUCUGACUGUGAACAGGGCACCGCCACAUGAUGUCGAUACGUCGAGAACGUUGAAGACGAUUUUUCCCGUCUUGGAAUUGUCCACGGUGGAAGCACUUUACACGAAAUUUGUGACAUUAGUGAAAAGUUCUGUGGACUUGACAAAAUUUCAAACGGACUACGCAACAAGAGAUCUGAUAAAAAAGGUGUCAGAUGCAGUUUGGAGUACGCUGACAAGGAGUUAUUACAAAGAUCGCGCGCAUCUUCAGUCGCUGUACAGCCUUUUGACAGGGAACAAAUUGGACUGUUUUGGGGUGGCAUUUGGCGUUGUAGCAGCCUGUCAGGUUCUAGGCUUUAACGAUGUCCACCUGGCUUUGUCGGAGGAUCAUGCCUGGGUCAUAUAUGGGAAGAAUGGCAAAGAAACAGCAGAAGUCACAUGGCAUGGGAAGGGUAAUGAGGACAAACGAGGUCAGCCAAUCAGCAUGGGUGUUGCUGAAAAGAGUUGGCUGUACCUCAAUGGCCAGGUGGUGAUCUGCACGCGGGACAUGGAAGUGGCUGCCAUGGUUUCUGCUAUAAACCCUGCUAUUAAUGCAAGCACAACUAGUGUGGAAAUGGAAGCUCUGCAACAGGAGCUGUUGUGGCUACUUUAUGACAUGAAUUUCAUAGCAAGGUACCCUAUGGCGCUGGGCAAUCUGGCGGAGCUAGAAGAUGCAGACCCCACCUCUGGGAAGCCCAGCGGGACAUCACUGCAGCUAUACAGGGAGGCCAUCGAGUCGUCGCGGAAGUAUUACGACAACCAGCAUGUUUACCCGUACAUGUUCUUAGCUGCCUACUACUACAGGCGGGCUAACUAUAAGGAGGCUUUGAGAAACUGGGCAGAGGCCAGUUGCGUCAUCAAACAAUUUAACUACAAUCGUGAAGAUGAGGAAAUCUAUAAGAAAUUCUUUGAGAUCGCAAAUGACUUGUUACCCAGCAUGGUACGGACUGUUUCUUUGGGUGCAUCAGACAGCUCUGGAGAGAAUCACAAUAAAACGCAGACCUUAAAAAACACAUUUUUGGGAGAUCCUGAAAGUUACGUGAACUUUUUGAAGUUUUAUGACGGUAUCUGUAAGUGGGAAGAGUGCAGUUCCACACCUGUUCUGCAUGUGGGCUGGGCCAAAAACCUUGUCUUCUCAUUGUCAAAAUUUGACAACAAAGUCAGGAAUUUGAUUGAGCUUCAUGCAGAAGGGGAGGAGAGCUCCGAUGAAGAGGGGGAGAACUCUGAAAGGGACAAAAGUGACACGGAUAACAAGGUUAGCGGAGAAAACGGGCACAGGGUCCCCCAUGCUGCACCUGGGAAAAAAGCCAAAGACGAUAAGGGACAUGUUCGUGACUCACCCCGCAAACUUGGGCGCACGGCUGCAAAGUCAGAGUCUAACACGUCAAACAACCCAAAUGGAAAUGGAGCUGGAGAUGCCACAGUUGGGGAUAAUGGGGAAGCUGCUGGUGUUAAAAGUACGCUUGAGGAUCUGGUAUCGAAAGUUGGUGAUGAGAGUCAGACCGACACACCACCGCACAUCAUCGCCCUGGCUCAGGCCUGCGGGGAUGCCAUUCUGAAUCCCAAGUAUUUGUUGAGUGGCGGGGAACCAUUCGCCUCCACGUCAACCGCCACCCCAGCCACCUCGUCGGCGCCGGUCAGUAACGUAUCCUCAUUGGCAGACACACGGGUAGAUGUCCACGAAUUCCUGAGCUCAAAGUCCAAUGGCUCAACAUUUGUGGACAUGACUAUGGACUCGGUGAUGAAGGCCGAAAGUCCUGCUGAUAUGAUGAUGUAUCGUAAACGUCCAGGAAGUUCUCAUUCCAAUACAGAGGUGCCAUUAGAGGCGCUUACUGAAGAGUCCACCCAUGUCGUCCCGCCUACUCUCCUGUUGUGUAGUGCAAAAAUGAAGGGUUUGAAGGAGAUUUUGUCUGCAUCAAAGUUAAAUGCCAGUGCAAUAAAACUUCAGUUGACUGCUCAGUCCCAAGUGCAGGUUCGCCAUGGCAACAAACGUGGUGGUGACGUGGAUUUUCAGCUGUCACGCAAACGAGGUCGAAGGGAUUAAUAUUUGCAAAGCAAGGCCCAUCUCUCCUUCAUGGUGUACAUGUUGCAAAUACACUCUAGAGAUGAAUAUUAGAGUUUGUGGAACAAGGCUAAAUUUGUUAUGUCACCUUGACAACAGGGUUUGGCAACAUGCCAUGAAUACAUGAUUUCGUCCUCUGGUUUCUAGAAAAUCUCUCUUAACAACAAAGAUGUGAGUGGACAGAAACUUGACAUGACCAAAGGCUUCUACCAAUCAGGAAUAUUCUGCAUAAUUACCUGUCCCUAUGUACAUAGCUUUGCUGUUUUGUAUGGUUGUUAAUUUUUAAGAUAGUUGUCAUAUUUUUGCAUUCUUGCACAGAAGCUGUUAAAAUUGUUUUAGACUUCUCUUUACAAUGAAUCUGGUUUUAUUGUUAAGCUAAGGAAAUAUUAACUGUACAUAAAUGUUUGUGUUUACCAUAACAAUUGGUAAUAGGAGAGCUGAUGAGGGGAAAUAACCCUUGGUGAUACUAGAGAGAAGUGAUGGUUGGCAUGGCUUUAUCAAGAUUGUUCCACAAAAAGGCUGAAGUGAUUAUUUUGGUUUGUUUAAGUUGAUUAAGGUCGGCAGCUUUUGCUCAUAGUAUAAAUAUUUUUUUUGCAUCGUAUUGAAUUUCAAGCAUAACAGUCCUUUAACCCAUUUUGAUUCACUGAAAUUAUGAAGUAGGGUUGUUUGAAUUUAGAAAAUUGGUUAAAAUUUACAUCAGAUGUUUAAAAAAAAAAUUUUGUUUAAAAUUUUAAAAGUUUGUUUUGUCAUUUAAAUGUUGACAAAGUGUUGGAAUAAUAAUGCUUUUUUUUUUAAAGAUUUUCAGUCGACCUUCAAGACAAGCUUGAACUCUUUUUUUUUGUGCUUGCAUUUUUGAAAAUGCUGUGAUAGGAUUCAAUGAAUCCUGUUUUCUCAUAUUUCAGAUAUGUUGUGAGGUGAUCUUUUUCCAGUAACAUAUCCGGCUGAAGUUUUGAUUUUCACGACAAAACAAGAAAGGGUGAUUGGUGGACAUUGCGCCGAGUCACCGUGGGUUUUACUAACCAGUGAACAAUAUGGUUAGUGUGAACAUUACUUAAGAGGUACAUGUAGCAGCUAGAACUUGACUUCAGCUGUCAGUUCAGUUCAGUUUUUCGGUUAUUUCCAUGAUUAAUGUUCAAAAGCUAAGGAUUAAAUAACUUUUCAGGGGGCAUACCACUGGUUUCUUUAUCUAAUGGUGUUAUUGAAUUUUGUCCAGUUACAUAUGUGACGUGGUGUGAAUGUCAUUUGAAAGGUGACAUUAUUUGGCCUAACUUUAAUUCAGUGAAUUGAAAUGUGGUUGAGUUUAAGUUUUUGUGUCCUAAGUAUUUUCAGUUGUAGUUUGAUAUUGCUAUUGUCAACAACACAGGAAAAUAAGAGAUGAAAAAAAAAUAACAAUGGGUGUGGUUAAAUCAAUGUUAACUAACAUACAGGUUGUUUAUAAUAGGUCACUUAAAAUGAAUAGAUUUUCUAAACAUUUAAAUCGUCCAAAAAGAGGUAAAGAACAAAAUUCCCUCUGCUUUGACUGUUAAAUAUGUUUCAGAGCGCAUGUUCUGCUCCCAAAGCUUACUUUAAAACACUGCCACCAGUAGCUAAGUUUGAUCC